AUGGUGAAGUACUCUCUUGAUCCAGAGAACGCUACAAAAUCAUGCAAGUCAAGGGGUUCAAAUCUCCGGGUCCACUUCAACAAUACCCAUGAAACAGCCCAAGCUAUCAAGGGCAUGCACAUCCAAAAAGCUACCAAGUAUUUGAAAGAUGUCACAUUGAAGAAACAAUGUGUUCCCUUCCGUCGAUACAAUGGUGGAGUUGGCAGGUGUGCCCAGGCUAAGCAGUGGGGUUGGACACAGGGUUGUUGGCCCAAACAGAGUGCUGAGUUCUUGCUGCAUAUGCUUAAAAAUGCAGAAAGUAACACUGAACUGAAGGGUUUAGAUGUGGAUUCUCUUGUCAUUGAGCAUAUUCAGGUUAACAAGUCUCCCAAAAUGCAAUAUGGCAAGUUCCCCUUGCCAUAUUGA